AUGUCAAGCCUUUUUGAGGAACACAUCAAAACGUUACAGGUUUGCCAGGCAUGCCAAGAAAGAUUGCCAGGUCGACGUCAUAUUAUUUCAUCCAAUCAAAUAAAUUGCACCAGUUUUUGCCACACAUGCUACGACGCAAAAACAGUGUGUCCUAAAUGCAAGGUGGCAGGGCAAGUCAGUUAUGUACCUUCAUUAAGAGCUUGUGAUGCAUGCCUUGGGCGAAACAUUGUUUGUACUUGGCGAGUGGUAAUGGUGUUAUGUAGCGACUGUGAAACAGGAAACAAAAAUGCUUUUGAAAUAUUGAACGAAAAGCUCGAAAAAGGUGUUAUAGAUCCCUACCUUGAGUUUUUAAGCAUUUUGCCUGAUUGUCCACAUGUCGGUAAAAGCAUGAAGGCGGCUUUUUCAAAUUGGUGGCUAAAAUGCAAAGAUGAGAGAAUCAACUUGGGUCUUCUAAGAACUGUGAGAAAUCGCUCUGACAAAGCCACAAAGGAUUGUUUCAGAAAACUUAUACCAAAAAACGAUCAUGUGAAAAAUAAGGACCGACAGGACCCUUCCUCCGUCCUCACUUUAAGUGCUGAGAACUUGACCGACGCAUUGAAAGACAUUGGAUAUGUAUGCCACACUAUUGUACCCGAACUGGACAAAUACUCGGCUGACAAUCAACGUGGCAUGUAUCCAUGUCCAAUCAGUAUUGCCGUACCAUCAUAUGGGUGGAUUGCCUUUCUUUCGUUCGAUGCAAAGAAUGGUAGUUCUACCCUGUUCAAAGCUCGUCUUCACAGUCCCGUCAACAAAAUCACUGUUCUCAGCAAAAACCUCAAGGUUAAACAGAUCCAUUGCUCUGACGGUAUAAUAUACCUAACCUCCGACAAAGGACCUAUCAGGGCCAUUGAAUUCUCUGAAGGAACAAUCAAUAUGAUUUCAAAGGAAAAGAAAAGAAAAGAUGACCUUGUCAACUUGGCAAGAAAACUUAAAGUGUCACCGGUGGGGACUGUUGCUGAAAUUUCGUUGAGACUGAAGAAGUAUAUCGAAUCAGUCAAAAAUCAAUAUCAAGGAAAAAGUGCCAGAAGUGACGAGAUUAACUUCUGGGACAAGGAAAUACAACCCAGCUUUGAGGCCAUGGUUUGUGUGGCCAGUGAUUUGAUCUACGCAGCUGAAGUUACAAACAAAUCAAUCGUUUCCAUCGAAGUCGAAAGGGACGGAGUUGGUCUCAAGGGGAAUAAUCUCCAAAUAAUUUUUUCUUACGGAAACACAUGGGGAAAGGUUUACAGUAUGUGCCUCAGUAACAGAAAUCUGUUUGUAUCCCAUGUCCAGGGAAUAAGUAUUAUCAACAUGGAAACCAGUGAGUGUCAGUUAGCCGUGAAGCUUGACGAUGAACCCUGUGUUCUUACAAGGUUUAGCACAGACGUCCUAUUCACCAACCAGAAGAAGUCUUCAAUAUGGCAACUCAGUGGCAAUGGAAAAGAGUUACGUUUGUUUGCUGGCUCUGACAAAGAAGACGGAAAUAUAGAUGGGCCUAUCAAAGAAUGUCGCUUUAAACAACCAGUAGGCAUUUGUACAGAGUUCGAUGGUGUUGUGUAUGUUUGUGACGCACAAACGAACUCAAUAAAGAUCUGCACCAAAUUAAAAGAGUGUGCCCACUUUCUUAGUGCAAUUGGCUGUUUGUAUGAAGCUUUCUCUGUGCAUCAGAAAGGUGCACAGUAUACUGUUAAGACAGGAGAGGAAGCUAUUGGUCUUGUUAGGAAAUGUAGAAGGAUGCUUGACGAGAAUACCUAUGAUAUUCAAGAAACCACUGGCAUUACAAGAAGUCUCAAUGGACCUCAAGGCCAUGUGUCGGCCAGGACAGUAGCGUCGGUUUCCAUGAUAGAAAAAGGGCUCCAGAGAUUGUACACUAACCUUGAAAAUUUUGAUUACGAGAAUACACUAAAUCUUUUGAGCUGUAUGACACUAGAUGUGGAGAACUGUCACGCCACCGUACAUGUAAAGCAAGCAAACAUGUCAAUGGUAGAAUACUGCAGGUCAUUUGGCUUGGCAAUGAAGGAGGCAGUGAAACGGGUGACCUCUUGGGCUGCAUACUACCACACAAGCAGGCAAUCUUGGUACCCAAAACCAGAGGGUUCUUUGCAACUAUCGCAGGUUCCUAUCAUGAAACCUCUACCUAGUGUCAGUAUGAGCUCAGCCGACUGCAACGCACUAAGGGACUGGGAAUCCUCCUAUGGAGCUGCCGUAAGACAGGUUUUGUUCCUUCCCUUAUCUAAGGGCGGUUUAAAUUUUCCUUGUUUUCGGACUGUCAUUAACUGUCAACAGACGCCUCUGUUGGAUAGGGAGACUUUUAAGUAAUCCACAUGACACUUGGACAGCAAUUCCCAACUUUCACUUUGAAAAACAUGGUGGACUCUUGUUUCUACUUAAUUGCAAUUACAGUGUCGAAAAAUUAGAUAAGAAAAUUCCCUUAUUUUAUAGGGAACUACUUGAAUACUUUCAAGAAUUGCGUAGCAACUGCGAAGAUCCACUACAGCGCGAAUUUAUAUUAUGGAAUAAUAAAGAUAUCAACGUUGAAAACAAAUCGGUGUUUUGGAAGUCUUGGCGUGAUAAAAAUGUCUUGUUUGUGCAAGAUCUGCUGAACAAUCAAGGUAAUUAUCUAUCCCCACAAGAAUUUAGUAAUAAAUAUAACAUCAAGGUUAAUUUUCUGCAAUACUACCAAAUCAUUACAGCCAUUCCAGCGUCUCUCAAAAGUUACGCCUUCACUCAUUUAGAUCUUGGAAAACUGAACUCGAUUUCUGAAAAUGUCGACUUCCAGAUAUCUAAAGAUGUUAGUUUAAACUUAAAGAAAACUUCGUGCAAGCAGUUUUACAAAUUGUUUACAGAGAACAUUAGUAUUGAACCUACUGCGGUUACAACAUGGCGAAAACAUUGUACUGUGGUCGCUGACAAGUGGGAGCAAUGCAUUGAAAACAAUUAUAAAACCACUCGAGAUAAUAAGCUAAGACAAUUUUAUUUUAAAUUGCUACACAGAAUACUAGUUACUAAUAAGGAACUGACACGCUUUGGGAUAACUGAUUGUACUAUGUGUGUUAUGUGUGGCGAAAACGAUUCUAUAGAACAUACUUUCUUUGAAUGUCGCUCUUUUCUGAAAUUAUGUGACGAAUCCCUUCAGUGGUUCAAUAUAUCUCACAAAACCAAUAUUAAACUCACGCUGCUUCAAGUUUUUCUCAAUUUACCAACCCCAGCUUUCAAUCUUUCCAAUAAACAAACCAAGGAUUUGUGUCUUCUUCUGUUAUAUGUAAAGCAGUACCACUAUGGAUGUAAAUCAAUGCAAAAGAAAACAGACACCUCUGAAUUUAUAUCUAAAUUUAUUAUGCAGCUUGAAAUAGAAGUUUGACAUGAUAGUGCCACCCUCCUCUCAGCUUUAAUAUGUGUAAUCGAUAGAAGUAUUUUAAUGGCCAAUACAGGAACAUUUAUCUAAGUGCACAAUUGUAAGUAUUGUAACGUACUUUUGUUUAAUAAAUAAAUAAAUAAAUAAAAAAGCAUGGCACGCUCCCUGAGUUUAUGUACCAAAGACAAUGUAACAUCUCAGAGAAUCCUGUAUCUACUGCCUUUGAUGAACGCGUUAACAGGGUAGAAGAUGCCAACGAAAAUAAUUCGGAAGAAGACGAGAGUGACGCCGAGUUUGAUGAAAGCAGCGAUGAAGAUGUUGAAGAUCAUGGUCGGGAAGAAUCGCUUCUUCAAGGAGAGAUCGGAAGCUCGGCCACGUUUCUCCUGGGAGCCAAGACUCGAUUCGGGAGAGUUGUUAGAUUUAACAAUCGUCUGCUCUACUGA